AUGGUUGUCUUUCCCUUCUUUUCUUUCUUCUUUUUGGCCAGCUGAGCUGCCAUUUUUUGUGGAUGGCUUUUUUUUCUGCGCAUUUUUUUCAUUCUUUUGAACACACUUUUUCUUUUGUCUGUCAUCUUGCACAGUGCUGAUGACUAUUUUUGGGAGACUCUCUCAUUACUUACAUACUUUGGCCUUCAUGGACAGACGAACAGAUGGGGUAUAAAGGCCGCCGUUGUCGUCUUGGUCUUGGGCUUAGGGCUAUAUAGCCCGUUUCACUCUUUUGAUGGAAUUUCAUUUGUCACUUCUGAAAUAUGGGGAUAUAUAUGAAAGGUUGCUCAGCUGGCCUUAUUUUUCUGUACUGUAUAUACUUUUUUCUCUGAAAAAAAAUUCGUGGACAGUUUA